AUGGCUGCGAUAACUGCUGUGUCUGAUUUGAAACCGUUUAAGAGUAUGUGGAAGAUUCAGGUGAAGAUCAUACGUUUGUGGAAGCAGUAUUCUGCGGCUGGUGGCCUAACCAUUGAGAUGGUGCUAAUCGACUCUAACGGUGUUAAGAUAAACGCUUCGGUGAAAAAAAAUCUGGUUAAUCAAUUUGAUUCCUUCCUUUCACAAGGAAGUUCAAAGAUUAUCAUUAACUUUUCACUCAACCCCUCUUGUGGUUCAUACCGAACAACCAUACAUCCAUACAGAAUUGGUUUCCUCUCCACAACACGUGUGAGGAAUUGUGAUGAUUUGCCCGAUGCCCUAACUGGCUUUGAACCAGUUAACUACAGGGACAUUAUAGAUGAUGUAAUUGGUCAGAUUGUUGAGGUGACGCCAAUUGAAGUUGUAUCAGCAAAUGGGAAAGAAACUCAUAAACUGACUGUGGAGCUUCGUAAUGAAAAGGAUGAACGGUUGCCAAUGGUGUUGUGGGGUAACUUUGCUACUGAUGUAAGUGAUGCUAUUCAAGGACGUGGUGAGAAUACCAUCAUUUGUGUUUUGAGGUUUGGGAAAAUUAAAGUUUGGAAAGACGAGCGUUCUGUUUCGAAUGCGUAUAACGUAUCUGAUGUGGAACUGAAUCCAUUCACCCCUGAAGUGGAGGCCUUUGCGGCGUUGUUGCCGAAGGACGAACUUGCAUUGGCAAUUGUUGAACCUAAACCACUAGCUUUGACGGCUGGGGCUGGUGAUAAAAAUGAUUUCCUGGUGAACACACCUAGGAAGACCAUAUCUCAGUUGGUCGAAUCUAACCAGGUUGAGCAGUGUAUUGUCAUGUGCACAAUAGCUGCUAUUGAAUCGGAUAUGGGCUGGUAUUACUUGAGUUGCAAAGUUUGUUCGAAGAAGGUUUUGAAUGUGCCGAAUGAGAAUGCCGACGGUUUAGAUGAUGAAGAUGAAAUGGGGUUCCAUUAUUAUUGCGUGAAAUGCAAGGUGAAGAACCCAAAGUUGAUGCCGAGAUACAAGUUGCAUUUGGUGGUGGUAGAUAAUACCGGGAAUUCAAAAUUCCUACUUUUCGAUGCUAUUGUAAUGCAGAUACUAAAUCGUCCUUGCAAUAAGUUGACUGGAAAUAGUUUUGAAGAGAUGCAAGAUCCGGAUGAUAUUCCUUUGGCACUGAAAGAUUUAGUUGGUAAGAUAUUUCUUUUCAAGAUUGGCAUUGAGAGAGAGAAUUUUAUAUACAAGAAUGCCACUUACAAAGUCUUGAAAGUCGUCACGAACACGGAAAUGAUAUUAGAGUUCGAGGAGUUCAGUCAACCAAAGGGAGCUUUGACUACUUUAGCUAUUGAAAACUCGGUUAUUUCAGAUGCACCAGAGGGCUCCCUCAUGUUGAAUUAUCAGUCUUCCCAGGAAUGUGAGGUAUUGAAAGUAACUCCCGCUAAACACCGAGGAGGAACCGUGAUUUCUUUAGAGGAACACGUUGAGGAGAAUUCGGUGACAAAGUAUCCAUCUCGAGCUCGGAUCAAGAUUGAAAAGGCUGACAAAAGUGGCUGA